CAAAGUACCGACACUAGAGGUACCAGAUGAGAAUGAGGUGGGAACAGCACUCCCUUCAUUCUGUGAUCAUUGGAACACAGUCUGUUUUUUGCCCAUCGCUGUUCUUUGCGGGCAAUAACAGAUAACAGAGGCUUAUGGUGAUAAUAAAGGCCCCAUUAUGAACCUUGUCUGGAAAGCAGCGUUACUCUUGAGUAUAGCUUUGCUCGGAGAAAGACACAUGAGAGAUAUGUUUUCAUGGCUUACACCAAAAAACCUCAGGGGAUAUCGAUCGUUAUCAAACUCUCUGAAUGUUGUAAGGGCUACAACCAAGACAAGAAGCUUACAAGAUGAUACGAAGAUAGAGCCACUGUUGCUCCAUGCGAAUUAUGAGGGCAACAAGAAUAGAGAACAGCUACAUACCGAUUAUGACUACCAUAGAUCCGAGAAAGAUUAUCAGAUCAUACUUGGUACGCUGUCAAGAGAAACACAGCCAGAUGGUUGGCCCACGCUGGUAGUGGAGAAAGUGUUAGUCACUGAAAUGUCUGCGACAAGACGCAAGGUAGUGGUUCGAGAAUUCAGAACUUCCUAGGGCUGGAACCAAAGCAGAUCCAGGAGGACUGCUCGAUCAGAUAAAUGGGUA